CGGGCAUACGCGAAAGCGGUACCGGCGCGCGCGUCAGCCGGCCACCGCAGAGCACUGCCGGUGAUCCGCGCCUCAGCGCAUUCAUAAUAUUAUUACGGUCCCGUCCCGGUCCCGACGCCGCCGAACCUAUAUCGGCCGCUCAUGCCGUAUCGCAUGCCGGGCAACAUUGUCAUAACCAUCGACAUUAGGAUAUUAUACUCGUGGACACGCGCGGCCGGACCCGUCGGUGUGUUAUCGCCGCAAUAAUUAAAAUAUUGCAAUAUUGUUCAACAACAACCGCCGUUAUGCGGACCGCGUCGGAUUAUCGCCGUAGCAUCGGCGGUAGCACCAGUGCCGCGUCGUUCGCGUCGCGUAUUGCCUGGACCACAGAACGUUCAAUCGCCGUCCCCCGCAACAGGGCGGCGUAACUGCACUGCGGAACCACACCACAGACUACCGGCGACACGCGAUUAUGGACUGCAAACCGGACACUAUCGGGUUCUAUACCAUCGACCGGCGCAUCGGCAAAGGCAACUUCGCCGAGGUCCGGUUGGCCACGCACCGACUGGUCAGAAGCGAGGUUGCUAUAAAAAUGAUCGAUAAAAGGAAAUUGGAUGCAGUUAAUCUGGAAAAGGUUCAUCGUGAAGUAGAUAUUAUGAAACAGCUGGACCAUCCUCACAUCAUUAAACUAUAUCAAGUUAUGGAAUCAAAAGAUAUGAUAUAUAUUAUUUCGGAAUAUGCCAGUCAAGGAGAAAUAUUUGAUUACAUUGCCAAGUACGGUCGAAUGACAGAAGCGGCAGCAAGAAAAAAGUUUUGGCAAAUACUCUCGGCGGUUGAAUAUUGCCACAACAGACACGUUGUACACAGAGACUUAAAAGCUGAAAAUUUGCUACUCGAUGCUAAUAUGAAUAUAAAAAUCGCUGACUUUGGAUUUAGUAAUUAUUUUACUCCUGGUGAACAGUUGGCUACUUGGUGCGGAUCACCCCCUUACGCUGCUCCUGAAGUUUUCGAAGGCAAAAAAUAUUAUGGUCCCGAGAUUGAUGUUUGGAGUAUGGGAGUAGUUUUGUAUGUAUUGGUUUGUGGAGCACUACCAUUCGAUGGAAGCACGUUGCAUUCGCUCAGAGAUAGAGUUUUGUCUGGACGAUUUCGUAUACCAUACUUUAUGAGCACAGGUUGUGAAUCAUUGAUACGUAAAAUGCUCAUAUUAGACCCAAAUAAAAGGUAUACCGUCGAACAGAUCAAAAGGCAUCCUUGGAUGUUGGAAGAAGCCCCGAGACUUCUACCGGGUACGAUCGCAGAAAUGCCGGCAGAACCUAAUGAUCAAGUGUUGCGGUUCAUGAGCAGUUUAGAUAUAAAUACGACGAGAACUAGACAGUCGCUGAGGAAUCGGACGUACGAUCAUUACGCCGCCAUUUACUACCUGCUGUUGGAGAAACUCAAGCAGCAACAGUCGCAAGAGAACAGCAGCCACUAUCUACAGGACCGGCGGCUGUCGGAGAAACUGUUCUCGUACGAACAGCCGCAACUGUUCACGGGACACUCGAGCCCCAACAAGCGGGCGUCAAUUGACUGCCCAGCCGGACACCAGUACAUGCAACCUGACCUAUGGAAACAGCCCAAAACCAGUGCGGCCGUUCAUCUGAACAGCGGCCACACGCCGUCCAACCGACCGCGGUCGUACAGCCAGGGCCGGGCUGUGCAGCAUUCUGUCAACCUGGCUGACCUCUGCAAGUCACCGCAGCAACAACACCCACCGUUCAGAGAGCUGCCUCAGCUGCCCAAGUUCAAGGGCUGCAAACCGGACAAAAUCGACAUGGUGCUUCAGGCGCCACACGACGAUGGGCCGAAAAUAUGCUAUCACAACCGGUUGGAUCACAUGACCAUGAUGGCACCGCAGUACUCCACGUCGACGGACGAAGGCAUCGAGACGGACCUAGAGGACGCCGCUGCUUCGUCCAGCCCCACGCAACAAUCACACCGGUCCGCGUACCCACCUACAGCCGGCGGCGGCCCCGUAAUCAAAAGCCACAGCCAGAACCUGGCGGAUCACCUGCAGUGUGCGACGAACCUGCAGCAGUACGAAUCGGACUUGCAGGUGUCCAGCCUGCCAUCGUGCGCCAACGAAAUGAAGUAUGCUGUGGACUGCACGGCGAUAUGCACGGCCGCGGCCGCAGUGGCGGCGGCCAACAGCUGUCCACCGCCGUCGUGGGACAGGCGCGCCUCGUUCCUGGCGCACAACCACAGCUCCGCAGGCGACGGCGUCCGGCCGCGCACCGACAACAUGUCGCCCGUUAGCUUCCGGGAGGGAAGACGAGCGUCCGACGGACUGAUGAACCAGAUUGACCCGGCCGUCAUGGCUGCGGCUGUCGUUGCGGUGGCCAACGCUGUGCAGUCGUCGACACCCAGGUCGCCUCAGCUGCAGCAGUACAACGGUCGCAUGCCGGGAGGCAACGGAAAACUGUUCCAGCUGCAAGAAUGCGGUGUACAAAAAGAACACGAGACGCUCAAGAUGCUGUAUCAGAGCUGUUUGCCCAACGACGAACAGGUGGCGUCGAACCGGAAGCAGGCCGCGGCGGCCGAGUACCGGUGUGGCAAGGACGUGCCACCUAGGUCGCCGUCGGCCGCCAUGGCCAAGCGGUUCAACUACACGGACGGUUACGCGCUGGACAAGUCCGGGCUCCAGCAGCAGCUGUUCCAGCAGCGGUUGCUCCAGCACAAGCGGACCGCGUUGCACAAGCAGGGUGCGGCGGCGUCGGCGGCGGCGUUCGGUCAGUGCGGCGUGACGGCUGCCGACUUGCCGGCCAACAAGCGGCAGCACCACGCGCACCGGCAGCCGUCGUUGCAGUACAACAACAAGGCUGUGCAACUCUCGUCGCCCCAACACGGUGCCGGUGGUGGCGGCGGCGACUGCCACGGCCACGGCGCGACGCAAUUCCAAUCGGACGGCAGCUGGCAAUCGUUGCCGCACACCAUGGCCACGUGCCAGAUCAACGACUUCGACGGCCAGGCCAAUUGGCUGUCAGUGCCCGACCCGCAACACCACUGGUACUGUACGUCCGGUCAGCAGUACAACUUCUCCAAGAAUUAUUCUCAGCUCAGCAGUACGGUAAACGUGCCAAUGGGCAGUUCUUUGUUAGCGGCCAACGACGUGAUGUGGACAUCGCCAAGACUGCAAUCGCUGUCGGAAAACACCAUUUCGGAACUCGGAGAACAAAUGGAAUCCGGUUGAGUUCACGUUCUGUCAAGUUUGAUCCCGGACACGCGAACAAAAUUAUUAUCACACAGAUAUUAUUAAGUAUAUUUUAUACAACACACACUCAAGUACUCAACAUUCAUUAGUCGAGACAUCAUGUUUUUAUUACAAUAUUAGACAUAUUUGUGUUGGUUAUUGUUUUUUUUUUUUUUUUUUUUUUUUAUAUUAUAUAACUAUGUUUUUUGUUUUAAGUACAUCUUAGAAUUCACCUAUGAGUAAAAUUGUAAUCGAAACAAUCCAAUUUGU